UCGGCUGGUGGUUACUUCCUGAGCCUCCGUUGUUUUCCUGCAGGAGAAAAAUUACCGAUCUGUUUUGAUCUCCUGCGACAUAACAUAGCUGCAAACCAGACCCUGAGAUUCAGGACUGAUACGGAAGAACCUCCAGGGGAUACAACCAUUAACCCGUCUGUAACGUUACGUCGUGUUCACCUGUUAUUUCAGCUGUUACUUCAGAGACAUGGUGACCGGAGGAGAGGCGAGAAGCUAGUUCAGUGGAUAAACCGAAACGCCGCCCGUCCUUUCGUUUUGGAAAAUAGGAAAACGCAGCAUUUUAUCUGAUAGAAGACGGCUGCUUAUUUCUUCCCUAACUUUAGCAGGAAGUGGUGGCUACUUGACAUUAGCUCUGAUUUCCCAAAAAAACAGUCAUCAACAUGUCAAAAUACACAAGCUUUCCAGAGCCAGUGGACGACCACAAUCCUUUUCAGGACCCUGCAGUGACUCAACACAGCAGCAACACAGGAUAUGCCACACUGGACCUUUACAACCCAUUUGACAACACAACUGGGCCCCCACCGCCAUAUGAAGCCACCUCUCCCUCUGCUCCAUCUGUGCCUGCGCAGACCCCACCCAGCAGGACAACACCCACAGAGCCUCGCAACUAUGGCUCCUAUAACUCCCAGACUGCAGUGAAUGCAACCACAGCAGAGCUCCUGAGGAAGCAGGAGGAGCUGGAGAAGAAAGCCCGGGAGCUGGAGAGAAGAGAGAGGGAGCUGGAGUCACACAGCCUGGGACCUGGAGCCUCACGUCAGAAUAACUGGCCCCCGCUGCCCUCAUUCUGCCCUGUGGGCCCCUGCUUCUACCAGGACAUUAAUGUGGAGAUCAGCCAGCGUUUCCAGCGCACAGUCACCAUCAUGUACUACUUCUGGAUGUUCUGCACUUGCACGCUGCUCUUCAACCUGAUCUCCUCCCUGGCCAUGUUCUGCGUGGACCCCUCUAAUGGUGUUGGCCUGGGCCUAGCCAUCUUGUGGGGGCUCCUCUUCACCCCCUGCUCCUUCGUCUGCUGGUACCGGCCUGUGUACAAAGCAUUCAGGAGUGACAGCUCCUUCAACUUCUUCGUCUUCUUCUUCGUUUUCUUUGCCCAAGUGGUCGUCUACGUCAUCAUGACUAUUGGCAUCCCUGGAUGGGGUUUCAGCGGGUGGAUCGUGAGCCUGGCUGCUCUGAAGACGAGCGUCCCCGUCGGCGCAAUCAUGAUGAUGAAUGCCAUCCUCUUUACUGCCCAAACCGCCAUGGGGGUUGUCAUGCUGAAGAAGGUCCACAGUCUGUACAGGCAGACCGAUGCCAGCUUCCAAAAGGCUCAGGCUGAGUUUGCCACCGGAGUCAUGUCCAAUCAGGCCGUACGCCAGGCCGCUGCCAACGCCGCCCAGGGGGCCUUCACCGCACCUCGAUAGAGAGGGACAAGAGGGGCUGGGAGGGUAAGAAGUGCAGGAGGAGGGCCUUUUCAGCUUGAUGGAGGAAUGGUUUGGUAUUUAUUUCCCCACAGGUGAUUAGAAUUUGAUGAAGGGGGUGGGUGAGUCUUUAUAAUUACCCCGGGGCACCUGAACUUUAGGGCACGUGCAUGAGACAGAGGUGGGGUUGUCUAAUUUCAAAAUGUGUACAGGACAAGUUAGCUAUAUUGCCAAACCAGGAGUCAACAUAUCAUACGUGUUGAUUCAAGAAGCAGAAAAAUGGCAUGAGAUGUGAGAUGAAAGAUGUGAAAACAAUAAGAUGCUGCAGCUGUAUUAAAUUUACCGCAGUCGUACCUAGUGUCGGUGAAUGCAGGGAAGCGCUUUUUAUAUGAGGAGACAAAGCUGUGUGCCAAGUGGGAUAGUACAAGCGUGGAUAUUUCCCAUUUUAAAUGACUUGGAUGUACAUUGUGUUUAGGAGGAGCCAUGUUUGCAACAAAUGUAAGAGUUGGAGCUGAAACGUUGCCAUUCUAACAUUUGAUCCAUAACUGAGCGGAUCAACUUUAGCCAACGCUACUUUUUGUUGCUUAAGUGUAAAACUAACAAGUUGUUUUGUUAUUAUUCCAAAUGAGAAUGCCUAUUUAUCAUAUUGCCAAAAUGUUUCAUACAGUAAACUUUAUGAACAUGUGUCGUUUUAGUUAAAAUAUACCUGUCACUGUUCUGUUGGUGCUGCUUGUGGUUCUUAUGAUUAUUACAGAUCACUGUCUUGGUUUGAAAAAAAAUAAAUUGUCAUGCUUACACAGUCAA